AUGCUGGCGUCUCACAGGCUGACCCCUCAGCGCAAGUUAGAAAAUAAUAAAUACAGACCUUGGUCGCUCUUGGAUUUCUCCAUUUUACUCCGUACCUAUUUCCCGUGUACGGAAUACUGCUUCUCAUACUGCACUAUAAACAUGCCACCAUUAGCAGGCGAAGAGCGCCUGGUGACUCUUUUCGCCGAUAUUCAUUAUUACUUCACAGAGCCAACCCAAAGACCUCUACCAUACCACCACCGCUUUGACAAAGGCUCAUUCCUCUAUAUCUACCAUAACGCUGCCCAAAACAAGGCCCGGAUUGAGAUUGCCAAUAAUCCUGGAUCACCGGGGCAGGAUGCAUUUUGCGGUCAUAUGGACAAUGUCCAUAUACGACACACUGCUCAGUUCCCCACACUCUGUACACUAACAGUGGAGGGCAUGACACCGUCCCCGCAACAGCAACAGUACGCACAAGAAGCUGCUCUUCAGCACGAAUGGCGUCUGCCUAGCGGGGAUCCGCGUGACAACUCCAAUGACUUUCGGGACUUCCCUCGUCUCCACACGUUAGACAUCUACUUCUGGGGCACCGAGGAUUCCACCCAGUUCUUGGAUGCAGCUGUACAGCUUCUAUCAAAUUCGCAGGUCGAGACAGAUAGGGAGCCAGCACCACAGCCAGAGCAGCCCAUGAGUUCGGUAGUCCAACAGCUUGAGAGUGUGGCCGUCUCAGACCCUGCCUACCAGAAUGGACAAACACGAAACUCCCGGUCCGAUCCAAUGGCAGUGUCACCGGCUCCCCAAGGACCGCCGCAAAUAAGUAGCUUCCCACCACCGCCCCCAAGUGGUAUGCCAACCGAGCAGCGAUCUAGCAAUGGCCCUACUCCAGCUGAGGAGAAGAAAGACCCAGCUAGUUUCGCCCCACUGCCUUACAACCCGGCAGCCCCAGCAGCCCCGGAGCCAAUCCAACAUCGCGAAAAGACCCCGCCACCAGAGGAUGGUAUGGUCGGCACAGGCCUCGCAGCCGCAGUAGCAGCCGACAAUGGAGUCCCAUACACACCCCCAAACCAGAUCAUCGGGGGAGUCGGUGGCAUAGGCGCAUACGCCUCUCCACCCCCUUCAAAUCAGGGGCCAGGGCUGCAAUACGCAGGACCCCCAUCUACAGGUCUCCCAACUUAUGCCUCUCCUCCUCCUAGCGCUGGUCUCCAAUACUCAAACUCCUUUUCUGUCCAGCCUACGACCCAAAGCCCUGGCAUGACCACUCCAUCACACUCGCAAUCCUUCCUUAGUGGACAGGGGCACUCAAACAGCCGACAGGGCUCGAUGUCCUUUGCUCCGCCGCCCCAAGACCCAAAUGCUCAUCUUUAUGAUCAGCAGGUAUACGGGGGCGUUAAGUCCCAAACACCACCCCAGAGUCAAGUUGCGGCCCCAGGCAGCGGCUUUUCAAACUACUCGCACAGCCAGAGCUCGGUGACACAACCCCAGCAGCUGCAGCGUGCAGGUUCAGAGUAUGAUAUCCAUAGCCAAGUGUACAGGCCUACUGAAAUUGAAGCUGGCGGCCACAACCAGAAAUAUGCACAGAAGGCUAUGAAGAACCCGGGACGGUCAAGUAGAUUGGAAGAGAAAGCGGAGCGUUUGGAGGGUGGCAUGAAUAGGUUUUUGAGGAAGCUUGAGAGAAAGCUUUGA